AUGGAAAAAGCAGAAGAAGACCUGAACAGCUCUGUCCCUUUCUCCCAGGACCAGAAAGAGCCGAUUCAGCCCUGCAAGAGAAAGCUUCGCUUUGAGAACUCUUUGGACGACCUGUCCACUGCGGGUCGCAACUUACCAGACCCCGUUGCAGAUAUGCUGCGCGCACUGCAAGACCAUGGAAAGGAGCUGGACGAGCACUACUUCCAAGACUGCGUGUUUGAAGGCUGGUUGAACAAGGAUGAAGUCUACAACACCGUCAAGACCAGUUUGUUGAACUCUUACAGCCGGACAGACACGCACCGCCAGCUUGCCACAGACCUCAACCUCGACCUUCGCUUCAUGGUGCCCGCGCCCAUGGCUGCAGCAGUGCAGACCGUAGCCAAGCGUCGUGGCCUCGCGGCAGAAGCCUUGCUAGCAGUCAUAGAUGCCAACGUAGGCUUUAUGGAGGCCCCAAGCACCACGCUGACUCAUCAGCUCGACAGCAUGCACGACAUCUCCCCAGGCAGCCCCGUUCUUGUCGGCAGCGCAAGCUCCACGCGUAAAAGCCAUCUCAUCAAGGCCAGCGAUGAUUGGAUGCUGAAAUCCAAAGAGGCGCCUGAGAUUUUCAAGGAUCGCACAAUUCUGAACACGGAUUCAACUACCAAAGGGAUUCGGAACUGCCUGGAGCAGCAUGGCAGAUGCGCGGUGUCCUCAGACGAGGCAGCCAACACCUUUGACACGAAAUUCAGCGACAGGGAGAGCGGCUUGCAUUUUCUGCCUCCGACCAAGCUGAACACUUGGACCCAGGGCGAGUACGAUGGGCCUUUAACAGGGCAGAGCAAGCAAGUCCUGGGCGACUACAAUUUCAUGCUGAAGGUGGCCGGGCAGACGGAGGUGUGCGAAUGCAUCUUGACCCCUAAGGUGCAUGGCUUCCAAAAGAGAAUCAAGCACAUUUGGAGCGUAGCCACGCUGCAUACGGAUGACAACCAGUGCAGCAAGUACAGUGAAAAUUUGAUCCAAGAGUAUCAUGACUGGAUGCUGCGAACGUUCACAACUCCCGCGCUGGCUCAGAGAUUGACCCUGGACGGCUACGCUCUCAGUGUCUACCGAGCAGCAAAGGAGGCACUCGUGGACGCCAUGAAGGAGAUGCCCAGGAUGCCGCUUGCCUGGCAGAGCAAGCUGCAGUUCUUCCACAGCGAUGUGCUGCGAGAGACACACAAGGUGAUGAGGGCCUGUCAGUUUCUGAACAGUAAGUUCGGCAAUUCGGAUGCAGAUAGAGUCGCUGCUGCCGUGGACGAGAUCACGGUGGGCCUCAUGCGUUGGCUUCGACAGGUGCAGUUGCACUUCGGCUUCUACCGCUAUACGCAGCGCAAGCAGAAGAAAGAGCCAGGACGCAAUGAAAUCCACGACGCCGUCCUGGCCGACCCCAAGGACCAGGAAGAAGAGGAGCUGCAGAAACCAGAAGACGAGCUCAUGAGGCUCAUACUCGAGAAAGCGCCCAAGCACCAAGUUUUCACGGCUGCAACAGUCCGUGAAUGGUUUCGAAACAAGCGCGAUGCUUGGUUCCGGAAUGGCUUGGCGGACAAGAUCUCAACAGCCAUUGACCAUCUCACGACACACAACUUGCUGCAGCAGCCCAACAGCCAUGCCGAACAGAAAGAGCCAGAACUUUCGCAGCCGGCCGAAGAGGCCAUGCCCGAUGCAGAGAAAACAGGGUCAAGUUCGAAGAAAGGCAGCGCCAAGAAACCUGCAAGGCGUGCAAAGAAGGCGGUACGCGGACGCAAAACCGUGGCGGUCAAGAAACGCACGCUAGCGGAUAUUAUGCAAGACGAGAUCGCCGACCAGGAGCGCAAGAGACUGAAAGUGAACUCAUGCGAGUUUGCCUGA